UGUUUCUGAGUAGCAAGUUUUGAAAAAAAUUGGUAGGACAGGCUCUGGAGCUAUAAAUCCCAUUAGGAAACCUUACAAAGCACAAAGACAGACGCAUGUGGCUUACCAAUAUUUCUGACUUUCUGCUGGGCUGAAAAUUGCUUGUUUUGUGGAAAAGCAAAACUCCACAGCAAGCAUCUAAAAUGAAGAAACCCCGAACUUUUGAGGAGCAAACGGAAUGUAUCGUGGACACUUUACUCAAAGACUUCUUAGGCACCACGCUGCUGGUUGCUGACCGGAGCCUACGUUGUGUAGAUGAAACAGAUUCAGGAGAGGCUUGCUCUUUUGAUGUGGCCAUCAUUGCUGGUCGCCUUCGGAUGUUGGGGGACCAGUUCAAUGGAGAAUUGGAAGCUUCUGCCAAAAAUGUCAUUGCAGAAACCAUUCGGGGACAGGCAGGAGCUGUACUUCGGGACACAGUAAAAUCUCUCAGCCAGGCCUGGUGUGCUCAGGAUUCCAGCUUAGCUUAUGAGAGAGCCUUUCUGGCAGUGUCAGUGAAGCUUCUUGAAUAUGUGGCCCGCAUGGCUCCUGAAAUGGCAAGACAGAUGGCUGCCCCCAUGACAAACAUGAUCAAUGGGAACAAUGCCAUCCGGGAGUUUGUCCAGGGACAGGGAGGUUGGGAAAAUCUGGAGAGCUGAAGAAGAGGUGGCACUGUUUACCAGCCUAAACAUCACUGCUACUUUGAUCGGGCGAUUGAUUUCUGGCAAUUAAAACAGAUGACCAAAUGCAAAGCUACCUUCUUUUGGACUUAGCUGAAUAAUUUCUUCUCUACUGAUGAUGCUAAAGUUAGGAGCAGCCCUCGGAGGUCUACAGAGAUUUUGUACUUUCUGCCUUUAUGUGAGUUUUAAUGAGGUUCCAUUUAAGCAAAUACCUCCAGAUACAAAGUAAUGGCUUGUUAGGAGUGGAAUUCCAGGUGACAGAGCAGGACUUCGCUGGAGAUAGUUUGGAAAAGGGAGCACGUGAUAAACUAUUCAUUCAGAUUUGGCCCUGUCCUUUGGUAAGGAUUUGUCUACUCAUUUUGCAGUCUAAAGAUCUUCUGGGAGAUUUUGGUUGGAACCAUGUCAUUUUAAGUUGAUAAUUUUCUUUUAAAUCCCUAGCCUAAGUUUUGUGUUAAUUUCACCAAAGCAGAAUUAUUUUAUGAAUUUUUAGGUUGAAAGCAAAAAAAUGGCAGUUUCCUCAUCUGCCUUUCUACUAAAAAGGCCGACAAAAGAUGAAACAGUAUAUUUUUACUGCCACAGGAUGCAGGAAGUGCUGGCCCACAUCUAGGACAGUUGGGGCCAUCCCAGCUUAGAUGAAACUAGCUGUAUACCACAGUAUUUUUCAAACCGAAAACUGGUUUACAUACCCCUGGUGGACCUUAUAAAUUGCUGAUUUCCAGGCCCCGUUCCUAGAGAUUCUGAUUCUGUAGGGGUGGGCGGAGACCUAGGAUCCUACCUUUUUGAAAACCAGUUCCACAGGGGAUUCUUUUGUACAUACAGAAUUUGAGAGCCAUUACUUUAGAGCAGGGCUUGGCCAAAUACUGCCCACUACUUUUUUUGCAGAUAGGUUUAUUGGCAUGCAACUACACUCGCUUGUUUCUAGAUUGUCUAUGGCUGUUUUAGCACUGCAAUGGCAGAGUCGAGGAGUCACAGCAGAUACCUUAUGGCUUGUAAAAUAUAUUUAAUAUCUGGCCCUUAUGGGAACAUGUGUAGCUUUAAAGCUAGGUGAACAUUUCUCCUUGAAUUAUUUAAGUUCGGUUGCAAUCCUGAUCACUCAUGCCAAACACAACUGUAUGUAGGAUAACUCAUUUUUAUUUUUAUUAUUUUUUUUUAGAAUUUAGUCUGAGAGUGUUUGUUAGUUCCUGCAUAGUAAACACUUUCUCUAGGACUCUGAAUCAUAGAGCUCCGAGACUCCUAGGUAGUCAGUCAUUAGAGGGUAUACAUUUUCCUGGCCCUACCAUAGGUGACUGGUAGUGACUGGAAGCAUAUGAUAUCUACGGUAUGUGUAUCUUGUAAUAGUCCUUAAUAAUCUUAUAGGUGAGUAGGCAAUCCUCAAGUAGAGACUCUUAUAUUCAUAAGUCCCAAGACUAGACUACCUACCUGAUUGUCAAGAAAAAAAAGCAUUGCUAUAUCUAUUUUUGAAGAGCAGCAUUAAUGGCUUGGUUACAGUUUGGCUCAAGUGUAACCACAUCCCCUCCCUUCAGCCAGCCAGCUAUCUGCUUCCCCAAAUGCAUAGAAACAAGGAUGUAGGUAGCAUUGCUACUAUAUUUUGACUUUUUCAAGUUAUGCUCUUUCCUCUAUUCAUAGAUAAAUCAAAACAGGUUAGUAAUCCCAAAUGAGAUUCCAUGUCUCUAUUAAUAGAAAUUAGCUUGUUUUGCUACCAAGUUAAGACACUCAAUAUAUUCCUUUGUCCUUUGCAUUACUAUAAAUUCAACAUGGUGGGUUUUGUGGUAUUUGACUUCUUCGGCGAUAUCACUAUUUUCAC